UUUCCUGUUGGGGUUUUCAGUGGCUAUUUUUCAUUUGAAAGUUUCUCCUCCAGGUUUCAACUCUGAGUGCAUCUGUUGUGCAUCAUGUAAUGAUAUAAUGGUUUCAUUUAUGAUUACAAAUGAAAAAAAUGCUAGUUUAGCUGGACCAGAAGACUAGGUCUAACUCCUAAGUUACAAUGCCUGGACAUUACAUUAAUGGUUGGCUGUCUCUGUUUGCUGUUUUUGUAAUGAUGAGCAUACAUAUUGAUUUGACAGCAAGCGAAAUGCUUGGAGUCACAGUGAAGACGGGCUUAUACAGUCGAGUUGAGCUCACUGGAGAGAAACUUGAUCAACAAACUGCUGAUUCCCUGCAGUCAGUGGAAUGGACCAAACUAAACAGAUCAUCUCAGUGUCUAUGUCUUAUAUUUCAAAAAUACAAUGGUACCAAAAUCUAUAGUCGAUGCUGUAGACAGGCUAAUUUCUAUUUAAUCAAUAACAGUCUCAUUUUGGAGAAUGUGACCGCACAGGAUGAAGGAGUCUACAUGGAAACUAUAGUUACUGGAAACAGAAUUACAAAAAGCCUAAACUUUACAUUACAUAUUCUAAACCCCAUAAGUGUAUCUGAAAUUAUGGUCUCCUGGACCUCCAACACAUCCGUGACUCUCAGAUGUGAAGUUACUGGCUUGUUCCUGCAUUUAAAAUGGAUGAAAGAAGGUGUCUCCAUUUUAGAGGACUACAGACACUCAACCAGCGAGAGGAACCAGACUCUACACAUCACCAAUAUAACCAGCUCAGAUUAUGGGACAUACAGCUGUCUGGUUACAAAUUCAAAUGGAGAAUCAGAAAAGCAAACAUAUAUUACUGGUGAAAACCCAGCUCUUUCCCAAGAAAAUGGUACUAAUGCUACAUCUGUGAGACUGAAAAAUCAGAUUGUGCUUUCAAUUGGACUUACACUUAUAGGAGUUUUAGGACUGUGCGUCAUCUUUAGCGUCAUUUACAAAUACCAUCACGAUGUCUCAGGUCACUGUCACAGAAAAACACCAGACAGUAAGACAAGAGGCCACAGAGGGGAAAAUGGCAGAACUGCAGAAGAAGGGGAUGAAGACAUUGACCUUGGAAUUUAUCAGGAAAUACCUGUUAUUGAAGAGGUGACCCCUUUGCCAUAUGUCUACACAGACUUCAUUAAGCCAAGAGAGCCCAAUCAGGCCUCAGCCACAGCAGAACACUUUGAGGAGUUUGGUUAUUCAGAGAUUGGACCAGUAGGCAGGGAGGACACAGUACUUUCGGAUUGUGCCAUCUACGACGAAUGAUGCUUUGAAGGAGUGACAGCUGAUAAGAAAGUCUAUGGUACAUGUUUGCGUUAACCCAUUGGAUAAUCAGUUACUUAAAAGUAACACAGUUUUAUAUUCAUGAAUCUGAGCAGUCUACAGCAACAUCAGUAAUCUUAAAUUAAAGGAGCAAGUCACAUCCAAAUUAACCACUAGAUGGCAACAAAAACACCUGAAAUCAAAGCAGCUCAACUCUUUGCAUUUAUAAUGGUCUCUGAUCAUUACAAAGGCACUGAAACACAUCUGAAGAAAAUUUCGGGUGGAGUCAUAGGCAUCAUACAUCUUCAUUAUAAUACUUAUUAUUGCAUGCUACAAUUACGUUCAACAAGCGUUUUAGAAACAUCAUUCUAUUGACUGUUUUCGACAUGGCCUAUGCAUUUACCAGAUUAUAGGAUUUGUCCACUGCACUGUAUCAAAACGUCAAGCAAAAAAGCACUUAGUGUUCAAGUCAAAUUUAAUAAGUAUGCACACUGUGAGAGGUCGGAAGUAUCCACCCUGCCCAUUAGUGAAUGUCAAACAUAGUUAUUAGAUAAAUGAAUUAUGCCAUUUAGGGCAAAUGGGAGAGCAAAAGUGUUUUGUCUUCCAUGGCAAACUCUGAAUAUCAAUUAAAUGGCAUGCAAUUGAGUGGCAGUUUAAAUUAAUAAAAGGCGAGUCUAGAUGUCAGUGAAGAGGGAGCCAAAUGACUUUGUCUUUUGAUCUUGGAGUUGUUUGGCCUUUUCCAUGCAAACUCUCACAAUGGACUGUAAAAGGCAAAGACAGGUAAUAACAUUGAGGGACAGCUGAGUAUUAACAUCUGAAGAGGACAUAGAGACAUACAUGUGCAAAAGUCUCACCAAAUCUUUAAUUUAAAUUUAUUUUAUAGAUGGAUGCCGACUAGAGUACCUACAUGUAUACCUAAAGCAAUGUUUUAUUGGGAUUCCUCAAAGCAACCAGGAAUACAUUUUGAAAAAUGAUGCAAUAGGUUACUUUCUUUGUUUUUCCUUCAUCAUAAAAGUAAAAUAAAAAUAAAACCAUUUCAGUUUAACAAUCAUGUGU